UUGUUGAGACAGUUAAAAACUUAAAAGCGCAGGUCUUCUUCUUCUUCGUCCUCGCUCGCACAUCAGCUGACGACUUCCGACUCCAUAGCCUAGCCUGGCUCAAAAACCGAGGCGGGGCAGCUGCCCCUGGUUUCAUUUCUCGAAGGGUCAUCAACAUCAAUAUGACCACUGACUCGAACAGGAAGAGUAGCUCCGAUCAUGAAUACCAACAUGCAAUUGUGCCCAAAGAAGAGAUCUUGGAGUUUGAGUUGCCUUCACCUCAUGCAUUCCCAACCCAUUUCGGGAACAAUGAUGCAAGUUCCUCAGGGAGCAAUAUGAGAGCAAAUAUGAUUGGAAUGGGAUUUUCGCCGUCCCGCGUCGACAAAGUGAUUGAAGAAAAGGGUGAAGAGGACGCCGAACAGUUGUUGGAGACACUUUUAUCAUAUCAAGAUACGCAGAAAUCAGAUUCUGGGUCAUCAGAUUCGCUGGAUAGCUUAUUUGGUGACAAAGAUGCAAGCAGUGCUCUCGAGGUUUCUAGUAUGAUUCAACCAAAAGAGGAACCUGAUUUAUCUGAUGGACUUGAUGAUGGAAAAAAGGCGUCCUUACUUAUGAUGAAUUUUUCUAGAGAUGAAGUUGAGUUUGCAAUGAAUAGGCUUGGUGAAGAUGCUCCAAUCAAUGACUUGGUGGAUUUUAUCAUUGCUUCUCAGAUAUCUGUGAAACUUGAGAAUGAUGUAGAUUCAACCCCGGUUGAUGAAGAAAAGGAGGAUACAAGUGAUGAAAAAUUAUAUGGAAUCAUGGAGAAGUCAGUUCGUUUGCUUGAAAUGGGGUUCUCUGAGAACCAAGUUUCUUUUGCAAUUGAACAGUUUGGCUCUGGAGCUCCACUUACAGAUCUUGCAGAAUCAAUCGUUACAGGUCAAAUUUAUGAUAAUUGCUAUGACAAAAAAAUUAAGGUAGCAUCCCAUUCAAAUCAUUCACGCAAUGUGUCCAGUUUUUUCGGAACGGCAUCAUAUGGUUCAGUAAAAGUUGAAAAUGAGGAAUUUUAUCCAGAUACAGCUUCUCGAUCAAGGGAUCGUGACUUGGCAGAUAAUUAUUUAGGGAAGCGGCCUAAGCAAGAGAUCAUUGAUGAUUCAAAUUCUGUUCCUCAGUUUAGGGUGUCCAGGCCUAUAGAUUUCGGGGAAAAUCGUAAAGGGAAAAGGCCAAAACGAGAGUAUAUUGAUGAUUCAAGCUCUUCUGCAUGGAUGGAAGAAAAAGUAGACCCUGAGAUUUGCAAAGUUGGGAAUCCAAAACUUCAGAGUGUGAACCAAAUGGCCGCUAAACCCCCAUAUUUCUUCUAUGGAAAUGUUCUGAAUCUACCAUAUGAUUCCUGGUCCAAAGUUUCUCAAUUCCUGUACGGCCAUCAACCUGAAUAUGUCAAUAAUCAGUUCUUCUCAGCCUUGAGUAGAAGGGAAGGGUAUGUACACAAUCUCCCAACUGAGAACAGGUUUCGUAUUCUUGAAGAGCCACCAAUGACCAUUCAGGAUGCAAUACCAUAUGCAAAGAAUUUGUGGCCUCCGUGGGAUACAAGGAAGCAAUUGACCUGCAUCAGUUCUGAAACCAGUGGCAUAUCUCAGCUGUGUGACAGGCUUGGAAGAAUGGUUUCUGAUUGUCGUGGAAUGCUCUCACCUGAGAAACAGAGGGAAAUCCUUCAUCAUUGCAACUCAUUAAAUCUUGUAUGGGUUGGCCGAAACAAGUUGGGUCCUUUACAGCCUGAAUACUUGGAACAAAUCUUAGGCUAUCCGCUGAAUCACACUAAAGUUGGUGAGAGUGGUGUAAUUGAAAGACUUACUUCCCUCAAGUAUUGCUUCCAGACAGACACAUUGGCUUAUCAUCUUUCUGUUUUAAAGGCUUUGUACCCAGAAGGAUUAACAAUGUUCUCAAUUUUUAGUGGAAUAGGCGGAGCAGAGAUAGCUUUACACAAGCUUGGCAUUCCUUUGAAAGGUGUUGUAUCUGUAGAGACUUGUGUAACAAAGAGAAGGAUUCUUCGGAGGUGGUGGGAAACUACUGGCCAAAUUGGGCAGUUGGAGCAAAUUGAUGACAUUCAGAAACUAACAAGCAGCAAGCUUGAAAGUCUGAUGAAAAGGUUUGGUGGUUUUGAUUUCCUUAUUUGUCAGAAUCCAUGUAGUUCUUCAGUUUCUAAAAUUCCUGCGCAAAGUGGCAGUGAUCCAGGCUUUGACUUCUCAUUGUUUUAUGAGUUUGUUCGUGUCUAUCAACGUGUAAGAAAUAUGAUGGAUAGAAAGAGCUGAAAUAUUUUCCCAUACCUUGUAAUGCUUCUGUAGAACAUCAUUUGUUUUUUUAGGAAUAAUUAUUCUUUCUUGAAGUUGGAUUUUGGCCCUUGAGAAAUGUCAUGCCAUCGUAUUUUAGAUAAA